AUGGAAUUUGUAAUUAAUAUGGAUAUUUUGGACGUGAUUUCAUCAGAAGCGCCAUACGGCAUCCUUGUUCUUCUGUUUAUACACGGCAUGCUCUUCUGUAGAAGCAAGAAAUACCCCAUUCCAUCUUCUACGGCCUUUUUCUGGAAAUAUUUCGGGUGCUGCAUAAUGAGUGUCCUAGCAAAGUAUCCAUUCAAUGGAGACAGACCUGCAGUAGUGAAGGAGUACACUAUACCAAAGGGAUGGACAGAAAGUGCGCCAAUUCCUAGUCUAUUCAGUAUGUCCGGCAUAAAAGCAUUUCCUACACACGUAAAUACACGGCUAAAAACCCAGCCUGCCCUGGAUGUCUUCAGCAUCCCACAGAGCCUGUCCCAGAUAAAGCGUAGGUACCUUAGCAAUGCAGGCACGCCCAGCAGCCACAGCUUUGUAUCUGGAUAUUUAAUAUGCAAAUUAUGGAGAACUAAGUAUUAUGCACUAAGUGCAGCUGUCAUUCUUAUUCCCGUAGGAAGAGUGCUUUAUAAGCACCACUAUGUGUACCAAGUGCUUAUAGGAAUGGUAAUAGGAGGGGCAUGGGGAAUGGCCCUAUAG